GGGAAGAGGAUGAGAGGGAGGAGGGCGGUCGUCCGGGGUUAGGUUCGGGGGUGUUGGUCCGUUCACGGCGGGGGAUGACUCACAGCCCAUCCCAUCUCCCCGACGCCGCCCGCCCGCGCAGAGCUCGCUCCAUGGCUUAGCGGAGGAGGCGGUGGCGAGCAGGGGAGUGGGGGACUCUUAUUUUGUUAGGGGGACCGGGCCGAAGCCCGACCGGCCUGGCAGGGCUCGCCCGGGGCCGGGCGUCAUGUCUCAUGCAGCCGAGCCAGCUCGGGACGGCGUAGAGGCCAGCGCGGAGGGCCCUCGAGCCGUGUUCGUGGUGUUGGAAGAGCGCAGGCCGGCGGACUCGGCCCAGCUGCUCAGUUUGUCUCUCAGACCCUGGAGAUAAUCUUGAAUCUGUCGCUAGAGCUGGAAUGAGCACCAGUUGCACCAUCCCUGCCCGGGUGGGUCCUGCUUGGCCUCUUAUCCUCACUUCCAUCAGCGGCCUGGGAAGCCCCAGCCCCUUCGCUCCAACUUCUGUGCCUGAACUCCUUGCUUCCGGAAUCCGGGAUUGUUGCUGACAUCGAAUUAGAAAACGUCCUUGAUCCUGACAGCUUCUACGAGCUCAAAAGCCAGCCCCUACCACUACGCUCAAGCCUCCCAAUAUCACUGCAGGCCACACCGGCCACCCCAGCUACCCUGUCUGCAUCAUCUUCUGCAGGGGGCUCCCGGACCCCUGCCAUGUCGUCAUCUUCAUCACGUAUCUUGCUGCGGCAGCAGCUAAUGCGGGCCCAGGCCCAGGAGCAGGAGAGGCGUGAACGUCGGGAACAGGCUGCAGCCUCUCCCUUCCCCGGUCCUGCACCUGCCUCUCCUGCCAUAUCUGUGGUCGGCGUCUCUGCUGGGGGCCACACAUUGGGCCGUCCUCCCCCUGCUCAGGUGCCCAGGGAGGUGCUCAAGGUACAGACCCAUCUGGAGAACCCAACACGCUACCACCUACAGCAGGCGCGCCGGCAGCAGGUGAAACAGUACCUGUCCACCACACUUGGGCCCAAGCUGGCUUCCCAGGCCCUCACCCCACCACCGGGGGCUGCUAGUGCCCAGCCGCUCCCUGCUCCCGAGGCCGCCCAUGCUACUGGCCCCACAGGCAGCGCCCCUAACAGCCCCAUGGCGCUACUCACCAUCGGGUCCAGCUCAGAGAAAGAGAUUGAUGAUGUCAUUGAUGAGAUCAUUAGCCUGGAGUCCAGUUACAACGAUGAGAUGCUCAGCUAUCUGCCUGGAGGUCCUGCGGGGCUGCAGCUCCCCAGCACGCUGCCUGUGUCAGGGAACCUGCUGGAUGUGUACAGUAGCAGUCAGGGCGUGGCCACGCCCACCAUCACUGUCAGCAACUCCUGCCCAGCUGAGCUGCCCAACAUCAAACGGGAGAUCUCUGACCCUGACCACCCCCACUCUCUUCCAGAGACGGAAGCCAAGGCUCUUCUGAAGGAACGGCAGAAGAAGGACAAUCACAACCUAAUUGAACGUCGCAGGCGAUUCAACAUUAACGACAGGAUCAAGGAGCUGGGCACCCUCAUCCCCAAGUCCAGUGACCCGGAGAUGCGCUGGAAUAAGGGCACCAUCCUGAAAGCCUCUGUGGAUUAUAUCCGCAAGUUGCAGAAGGAGCAGCAGCGCUCCAAGGACCUAGAGAGCCGGCAGCGGUCCCUGGAGCAAGCCAACCGCAGCCUGCAGCUCCGGAUUCAGGAGCUGGAACUGCAGGCCCAGAUCCAUGGUUUGCCGGUCCCUCCCACCCCAGGGCUGCUCUCCCUGGCCACAACUUCAGCCUCUGAGAGCCUCAAGCCAGAGCAACUGGAUGUUGAGGAGGAGGGGAGGCCAGGCACAGCGACGUUUCAUGCAGGGGAGGGGCCUGCUCAGGGUACUCCCCAUCAGCAGCCCCCAGUGCCACCCUCGGAUGCCCUUCUGGACCUGCACUUUCCCAGUGACCACCUGGGGGAUCUGGGGGACCCCUUCCACCUGGGGCUGACGGACAUUCUGAUGGAGGAGGAGGAGGGGGUGGGGGCGGGACUGUCAGGGGGUGCCCUGUCCCCCCUGCGGGCUGCCUCUGACCCACUACUCUCUUCGGUGUCCCCCGCUGUCUCCAAGGCCAGCAGCCGCCGCAGCAGCUUCAGCAUGGAGGAGGAGUCCUGAUCAGGUCUCACCCCUCCCCUGGGAUAACCCCACCCAGGAAAGGAGGACGCGUUAGGAUGAGGCCCUCUUCCUUUUCCCUCACCCUCCCGUGAGACUGCCCAGCCCAGGUGUUCUGGGGGAAGAGAUGAGAGGAGGAAUCAGGUGACACCCUGCCCCUUCCCUCACAGGCCCAGCCCGUGGUGAGAUCAGGGCCUGUCCCCCAGAGAUCACUGCCUCAUCCCUGCCCCGUGGGACCCACCCUUGCCCAGGUGAGGGAAGGAGACAGGAUGAGGUCCAUCCCUGUUCCCUGGGGACUGUCCUAGCCAGGUCUCCUGGGAUAAGGAGGUGUCAGGACGCUGCUCCAUCCAGUUUUAGAGCUGCCAGGUUAGUCCAUUCUGGCAAGGCAGGGGAGUCAAAAUGAUGGAGUUUACACCCUGGGGGUUUAAGCCCUACCUUUUCCCCAUGACCCCUGUCCUGCCUAGGCCAGGAACAGAACUGAGGAUGAGAGCCAGACCCUUCACCUGGGAACUCAGUCUUCCAGCAAUAAAAGGAGCCAGGCCCCGCCCCUUCCCUGUAGAAACAGCCCCGAGAGGGUAUUUCAGGCUUGGAGGAGUCUGCAAGGUUAAGCCACUAUGUGGAGAUGACAGCCCUUGUCCCUCAGCAACAUCCCAUCCAAGCAUUCCACUGAAGUGAGGAGUGGUACUUAAGCUCCCCGCCUUAACCAGGGACCAAGGUGACAACCUAGGAGGGCUCUCAGCUAACUUUGCCCUUGGGGAAGGGGGCAGGUCUCAAAAUCUUGUGGGUUGACAUUCCAGACCUAGAUCACGAGUGAGAGACCCCUACCCUUAGGCAGAGUCCUGUCUCCUUCCUUGAAGGGCAGUUUCAGGAGGUGAUGGGGAAUAGAGGGUACUGAGUCCAGGUUCCCAGAGCCAGCACCCCAUUACUUUUUUUCAACAUGUAGAGGAACAGGAUGAAGGAAGGGGCCCUUCUGGGGAUUUCCCCAGCCCAGGAAAAAGUAGAAGCUUGUCCCAACAAGGCAGAGGCUUGGAGGAAAGGUUGCAAAAACGUGUACUCCUCUUUUGUUUAUCUGAUUUUUUUACUGACCCCCUACUCAAGCUAGGUCACCCCCCCAACCUCUGGCCUCCACCCAGCUCUCCAUUUGGAGGACUCUUCCCCAUCCUCAUUUCAGAGUUUUCCAUGGACACUCCCCACCCCUCCUACCACAUACACCCAAGAUUGUCAGCUUUGGAUUGUUGAAGCCAAGCCCCAAGAAGGGUGUACUGAAGGGUCUGUAGGUUUGUCAUUAAAAUAAUAAAUGCUAAGCGUGUUUGAUGCGCUUUUAACUUUGGCAAAGAGUCUCCUGUCCUUUUGACUAUGCAGUGAGCAUGGCUCAUGCAGGCCAGGAGGAAGGAUGGUUCUUGGAAGAAACAGAUUUAAGAGGGAUGGAUAAAAUAAUUUAGCUAGAAAGGGGCUGGAGGAAAAUAACCUGCCAACAAAAGCAAUCAGUCCUUAACUACCUGCCAGGCACCUUCCUGACUGUUGCAAAAUUAUUCACCUAAUUUAUUAUUCUAAGGAAUAUUCAUCAAGGAAGUACUGAUUUUUUAUUCCUGUUUCAUGUUUGAAGAAACCAAGGAAUAGAAUUUAAUCUGAAGAUAAACAGCUGGUACAUGGAUGAAGAGCUAAAUGGUAGAUGAGUGAGGGCUCUAGUUUGAAAAAUGUCACUGAAGGCAGAGGGGUGAAAGAUUUUCUUGCACUUUUCAAAUUGAUAAGGAAGUGCGUGAAAAGAACCUGCUGGCAGACAGUAGAGUAGAGGCGGUCCAGAUGGGAGAAAGGGCAAAGAAACGGUAAAGGUCAGGAAUAGGCAAGCAACUCCAUUUUGGAACAGAUGUUGACAUUCUGGGGGAACCUUAUAGAGGUGAACAGAAGUAUCUUGAAGGCUGGGAAAAAAUAUUCCUGGAAUUGCUCAACCAUACUCUGCACUCCCAGGACAGGCAUCAGGCCUGGACAUGUAUCUUCCCCGGCAGACAACCCCAAAGUACUGGGACCUGGUCUGGUCCUGUGUCUCGCCCAGCCGACUGAGCACAAAACUUGCUACUCCUUUCUAGCCUAUCACACUGACCCCUGGUUGUUGAAUCUACUACUAGACUGGUCGCUCCCUAAUACCUUUAUUUUUUCUCCGCAAAUUUGCCAUAUUCUCUUUAUAAAGAUAAUAUGUAAUA